CCAUAAAUCUAUCUCAAAUUAAAAUCAAAUCAAAAUUUUAUAUAAAUGCCAAAUAAUAGUUGCAGUAUUCGUGCUCUUUGGAUCCUCAACAAUCAAAACGCCGUCGUUUUCUCUCGGAGGUUUUCAGUAGUUGAAAGACGUUGGAGUGUUGCUUGUAAGAAUUCAAAUGUGGUGACGUCGCCCACGCCGUCUGAUUCCGAACUAGCUUCUGCGUUUUCGGAACGAAAACAGAGGGAGGGGUCUGUCCGUGGGUAUGGGAUACGGGUCAAACAGUCAGUUGAAGGAUCAGAUUCAUGGGUUGAUGACCCAAUUAUGCGUCAUAUUGUAAGUCUUCAUAUUAAGAAAGAAGAAAAUGGGGAAGAGCAUACAUUAUGGCCACUCGUUUUGCAUGCAAAGGGUCAAUAUUACGUCCUGGUGUUGCCCUUGGUUGAACCCAGUCAUUUGAAGGCAUACAAUACAAUAUGUAGGAGGUCUGAUUGUGGCAAUGGUGUUGGCGUGGACGGAAAUUUGUCUUCCCUUUUGCUUCAACUUCCUUGCAUCACAGGUGCCUUCAUGGUGGCCCAUGUUCUAGGUGACAUAAUAACAUCAGACCUCCCAGAACCCGAAGUAGUUGUAACUGCAGGAACUUCUGUUGGAGGGUUACUGGAUUCCUUAACCGGAAGUAUCGGUAUUUCAGCCCGACCAAAACCUGUUGCAGCACCAGUUGCAGCUUCCACGAAUUCCAGCACUCUUGCUGGCGGUUCUGGUGCAUCAGAUGCUCCAAAGCUUGGCCCCAGGAACCCGGAAAAGGAUGCACUUCGAAGUUUCAUCAGUAUGGCGAUGCCCUUCGGUACACCCUUGGACCUCAGCUACUCAAAUAUUUCUGCUAUUAGGACCAAUGGUUUCUCACCAUCCGAUGUGCCACUUGUUGAUAGCAAGCAACCAGCUUGGAAACCGUAUCUCUUUAAAGGAAAACAGAGGCUGCUGUUCACAAUUCACGAGGUUAUUAAUGCAGCAAUGUAUGACCGAGAUGAGAUUCCUGAUAGCUUAACAAUAUCUGGGCAAGUAAACUGUCGGGCAGAAUUGGAGGGACUUCCCGACGUGCUGUUUCCACUGAGUGGAUUAGAUAGUAAACGGGUUGAAAUAUUAUCAUUUCAUCCUUGUGCUCAAGUUCCUGAACAAAGUGGCGGUGACAAGCAGUCAGUAAUGUUUUCACCGCCACUUGGCAACUUUGUAUUACUACGCUAUCAAGCACCGUGCUCUAUAGGAGUCCCAGUCAAGGGCUUUUAUCAGCUAUCUAUGGUGUCAGAAAAUGAAGGUGCAUUUUUGUUCAAAUUAUCUUUGAUGGAGGGUUAUAAAUCUCCGUUAAUGAUGGAAUUUUGCACUGUGAAUAUGCCGUUUCCAAGAAGAAAGGUAAUUUCAGUUGAGGGGACGCCAUCUAUUGGAAUGGUUUCCCAUACGGAUCACUCUGUUGAAUGGAAAAUAAUACCGAGUGGCCGAGGGGUUGGCGCUAAGAGUAUUGAAGCGACAUUUCCUGGAACUGUGAAAUUUGGUCCAUGGAAAAAUCAUAAGCCGUUCAUUUCGGGGUCUGUUCAAGGUUUUAUAGGUGAUGAAGAUAGUGAUACGGAAAUAGAGGCGGCAAAUAACAUGGUAAAUGUGGAGGAUUACUUGAUGGAGAAAAUGAACAAGCAUCUUCCAGCUGUUGAUUUAGAAGAGCCAUUUUGUUGGCAAGCAUAUAACUAUGCAAAGGUCUCUUUCAAGAUGGUUGGGACAUCUCUUUCCGGAAUGACAGUUGAUCCAAAAUCCAUAAAUAUCUUUCCAUCUGUGAAGGUACCCGUGGAGUAUUCAACCCAGGUCCACUCCGGGGAUUAUAUUUUGUGGAAUACAUUAGGAAAAUGCCCUGUUGCGGCUACACCAAAAGAUUGAACCAAAGUAACAUUAAAUAGCAAUAUUUUCGUGCGAGGUGAGUUAAAGUAGCACAUGUGAGGUGCACAGUUUUCUUACUUUUGUUUUUUGAUAUGAGAUUUAGUUAAUUUAAACUUGACUCGGGCAACAUGCAGCCUUUUGUUUUAUGUUUUUCAUUUUUGUUGGUGCAUUUUCUUCUUAACAUGUACACAAGAUGUUUGGAUUUCAUUAAUAUCAGAAAUGUGGUUUUGUCUUGA